AUGACCACAGAGUCAGACUCAAGUCUCCUUACCCCUCCUCCAGACCCAGAGCAUAUUCGCAGCGUACUCAGUAAAAACAUGGACGCCUACCCCAACCCCCGUACCGUCGACGACUCCUCAGAGGACGAUGCCCUGUACCAGGACCCCCUCGACGGGGCCACUACAACCACUACAACCACUACAACCACUACCGUACUCCCCAAAGCUGCUGUCAAGAAGGGGCUGGACGACCUCGUCUCUCACCAUCAGACCCUCCACCACCAAUCCAAUACCCAAAAGGCCUUUAUCGCCACUGCCGACGGUCGAUCUCCGCUCGCUUCAUCAUUCUCAAUCUUAUCAGCGCAGUCCCCAGGUCAAAGCACAAGCGAGUCCAACAACCUCAGGUUCCGUCUUCAGGAUGCGAACCGAUCCAGGAUGGGCGCUUCGUCGUUGUUGAACGGCAGCUCCAGUGCCACGUCUCUGGCCAGCACGCGUUCGAGCACCAGCCCAGGAACCCCCAGCUCCACGGACGGAUAUCAUGCCAUCUCGACCACAUCUACCGUCACAACCAAGAAGCGCAAAGUCCGUCGUCCCACGUUUGAACCACGCAGCUCCCGACUGGAUCCAGAGAUGAUGACCAAGAACGAGGACCCCUUCCGCGGGUUCCACACGCUCUUCUGGAUUGUCAUGGGCGCCUAUGGAUUGAUCACGUUCGACCAGGAAUGGACCAGGGUCGGCAAAGCUUUUGGUGGCACCCUCUUCUCUUCAUUCUCGCAGGACGCCAUCAUCCUCGCAGUCAGUGAUCUCGGAUUGGUGCUCUCGACCGGAGUGGCAUACUUGUUGAUCAAGGUCAUAUCCAAGGGGGAUUGGCCUUGGGUUCAGUCAGGCUUCUUUACUCUCCAUGCCAUUACCAUGUUGAUGAAGAUCCACUCCUACAUUGCCUACAACGGCGAGCUCUCUGAGAAGUUAAUCCAGCUCAAGAAGAGCGAGGCUGCCUAUGCUCAGAUCAAGAAGGAUGACCCCAAGACAACCGAUGACGAUAGUGACGAUUCCAGAUCAGAGAAUUCCAGCCAAGCCGACCCAACUUAUGAUCGCGACACGACCGACUCGCCCACAAGCGAUAGCGAACAGGACGUCAACCGUCUCCACCAACGCCUCGCUUCCGAGGUUGCCGCUGCACUUCUCCAGGAUACCAUCCCCUCCGACUCUGCCACCGUCAACGCCAGCCAACUUGCUGCUGAAAUCGAGGAGCUCCGAAGCGACCUCGAGUGCCAGAACGGCGAACUUUGGCCCGCUAAUGUAACCGUUGCCAACUUUUUCGACUACUUGAUCGUCCCAUCUCUUAUCUACGAGCUCCAAUACCCACGCACCAGCAGAAUCCGUCCCUUGUAUGUGUUUGAAAAGUCUGUGGCCACCUUGGGAACAUUCACUCUGUUGUACCUGACAACGGAGCAUUAUAUCUAUCCCGUGGUUUUUGACCCGACCAUUUCACCCCUGCGAGCUCUGGUUCUGCUCUUGAUACCCUUUAUGAUGAACUACCUUAUGAUUUUCUACAUUAUUUUCGAGUGCAUUUGCAACGCCUUUGCCGAGCUCAGCUGUUUCGCGGAUCGCAACUUUUACGAGGACUGGUGGAACUGUGUCAGUUUUGACGAGUGGGCGCGCAAGUGGAACAAGCCAGUGCACCACUUUUUGCUCCGCCACGUGUACGAUUCGAGUAUCGAGUCGUUUCAUCUUUCCAAAAAGAAUGCGGCGUUUGCGACAUUCUUCUUGUCGUCGUGCGUGCACGAGUUGGUGAUGAUGGUGGUGACACGCAAGGUGCGUCUGUACCUGUUUGCCCUGCAGAUGUGCCAGCUGCCCCUGAUCUGGAUGGGCAACAACAAGACCAUCCGGGAAACGCCUCGUCUGGCCAAUGCCUUCUUCUGGAUGGGCAUGUUUAUGGGCCCACCUCUCCUCGGUGUCGCCUAUUGCUAUGCUUAA